AUGGAACCCGGCGGGAGGGAUUCCCGUUUUAAUCUAGGCUAUAGCAUGAACCUACUCAGCGGUGAGACUCCACCGGAAAUCUACGGCAACCCCAACUUAGGACGACCAUCUACAAGUUUACAACAACUCUCACCCCGGCAUACCAUGGUUUCGAGUGCUUGUAACCGCGGAAUUAAGUCGGAUAUAUAUGACGACAGGGCAAUGUCGAGCCAGGGGAUGGGACUGGACAGCUGUGUAAAUGAAAUCAGCGAUGACUCCUACUCGAUUCAGUCGAAGAAAUCGCCUCCGAGCAACGGCAAAAAAACCAAAGGUCGUGUUAAAAUCAAGAUGGAAUACAUUGAGAACAAAUUACGGAGGUAUACUACAUUUUCUAAACGAAAAACUGGAAUUAUGAAAAAGAUUAUGUGA